GACUGAGCCAGCCAUCCUGUGUUGAUACUGAUUGUUCGGAGUGUAAGUAGGAAUCAGGCACGGGAGUAUCAGAGCGACAUCGAUCGCAGUGUCCGAUCCUAACAACUCUCUGUCCUGACCGAGCGAGCCGUGUUCCUCUGAAUCUGGACCAUGAGCCAACCUCGGCCGGACGAGUUUAAGCCGCCUCCGGAGUGUCCGGUCUUCGAGCCCAGCUGGGAGGAAUUCGCCGAUCCGUUCGCGUUUAUCAAUAAGAUUCGUCCGAUCGCGGAAAAGACGGGCAUCUGUAAAAUUCGACCGCCGCCGGACUGGCAGCCUCCAUUUGCAUGUGAUGUCGACAGACUUCGUUUCAUUCCUCGGAUCCAGAGACUCAACGAGUUGGAGGCACAGACGAGGGUCAAACUCAAUUUUCUGGACCAGAUUGCUAAGUUCUGGGAGCUUCAGGGAUGCACUCUAAAAAUUCCACACGUAGAGCGAAAGAUAUUAGAUCUAUACCACCUGAACAAGCUUGUUUCAGAUGAGGGCGGUUUUGAUACUGUAUGUAAGGAGCGCAGAUGGACGAAGAUAGCCAUGACAAUGGGCUUUGCCCCUGGCAAGGCCAUAGGUUCACACUUGCGUGCUCACUACGAAAGAAUCCUCUACCCCUACAACCUCUUCCAGUCUGGGGCCAACCUGCUGUCUCCAGAGCUAGCAGCCAAACUGAUGAGUUUUGGGGCAGGUCCUAAGCAGGAGAAGUUCGUUCAGAAGCCCUCCCUCCCGGAAAAUGGCGACGAUAAAGAAUAUAAACCUCACGAUCUGGUGCAGAGGCAGAAGCUGCAGGUGCAACCCAGUAGCGUGUGCACGCCUGCCAGGAGAGCCAAGCGGAUGAAAGCUGAGACUGGCAGUGAAAAGUCAGAGGGGUGUGCAGGUGGAGAGGUGCGUGAGAACAGGCCUAACCUUAGGAGACGGAUGGGCUCUUUUGUAGCAAAACCUGAACCAGAAAAGGAAAUACCCAUUCAGAUUAAACAAGAGCCUGUGGAGAGAGAACUGCAACCUGAGCCAGAGAAAAUCAAGCCACGCAAUAAGAAGACCUCCCCACUACCACCUGUCAGUGUAGUGGACCUGUAUGUGUGUUUGAUAUGUGGCAGCGGUAGUGAUGAGGAUAGGCUGUUGCUAUGCGACGGCUGUGAUGACAGCUACCACACUUUCUGCCUGAUCCCACCGCUUCAUGAUGUCCCCAAGGGUGACUGGAGGUGCCCCAAGUGUCUGGCGCAGGAAUGCAGUAAGCCACAGCAGGCAUUUGGCUUUGAGCAGGCACGCAGAGAAUACAACCUCAAAUCAUUUGGAGAAAUGGCUGACUCCUUUAAGUCUGACUACUUCAACAUGCCUGUUCAUAUGGUGCCCACUGAGCUGGUAGAGAAAGAGUUCUGGCGGUUAGUGGCCACUAUUACAGAGGAUGUGACGGUGGAGUACGGAGCCGACAUCGCUUCGAAGGAGUUUGGCAGCGGCUUUCCAGUUAAGGGUGGAAAGUUCAAGGUUGCACCACAAGAUGAGAAGUAUUUGAGGUGUGGGUGGAACCUUAAUAACAUGGCGAUGAUGGAUCCGUCCGUGCUGACCCAUAUCACAGCGGAUAUAUGUGGCAUGACCCUGCCCUGGCUGUAUGUGGGCAUGUGCUUCUCCUCUUUCUGCUGGCAUAUCGAAGACCACUGGAGCUACUCCAUUAACUACCUGCAUUGGGGAGAGCCUAAGACAUGGUAUGGAGCUCCUGGAUGUGCUGCUGAGCAGCUGGAGGAAGUAAUGAAGAAGCUGGCACCCGAGCUGUUCGAAUCUCAGCCAGAUCUUUUACACCAGCUCGUUACCAUUAUGAACCCGAACACGCUCAUGGCCCACGGAGUACCAAUUUACAGGACCAAUCAAUGUGCGGGAGAGUUCGUCAUCACAUUCCCCAGAUCCUAUCACAGCGGUUUCAAUCAGGGCUUCAACUUCGCCGAGGCUGUGAACUUCUGCACAGUGGACUGGAUGCCUUUGGGCCGCCAGUGUGUGGAUCAUUACCGCUUGCUGCAUCGUUACUGUGUGUUCUCACACGAUGAGAUGGUCUGUAACAUGGCUGCCAAAGCUGAUAAACUGAAUGUGGUUCUGGCUUCAGCUGUGCUCAAAGAUAUGGUGGUAAUGAUCAGCGAAGAGAGGGAGCUCCGAGAGCAAAUCCGCAAACUGGGAGUGGUGCAGUGCGAGUUGUUUGAAUAUGAUUUGCUGCAGGAUGAUGAGAGACAGUGUGUCAAGUGUCGCACCACCUGCUACCUGUCUGCUCUCACCUGUCCAUGUCGGCCAAAUGAGCAGGUGUGUCUACACCACGCUUACGACCUCUGCUCAUGCCCUACCUCCAAAUACACAUUCAGGUACCGCUUCACGCUGGAUGACCUCUACCCCAUGAUGAAUGCUGUGAAGCAAAGGGCAGAGAAGUAUGACGAGUGGUCGUCACAAGUAACUGAGGUCCUUGAGGCGAAACUGGACAAAAAGCGCAACCUGUCUGUGUUCCAUUCUCUGCUCGAGGAGUCCGACGUGAACGGUUUUCCAGAUAACGAUCUGUUACGUCACCUCAGAGUCGUCAGUCAGGAUGCAGAAAGAUGUUCAUCAGUGGCACAGCAACUUCUCAAUGGCAAGAGACAGACCAGGUAUCGCGCUGGUGGUGGGAAGACCCAGAACCAGUUGUCUGUAGAGGAAAUGAGGUCAUUUGUGCGUCAGCUUUACAACCUGCCCUGCAGCCUAAUGCAAGCACCAUUACUGAAGGAGCUGCUGAACCGUAUCGAGGAUUUCCAGGCGCACAGCGAGAAAGUUUUGUCUGAAGCUGUAAAUGCAGAUUCUGAGGAGGAGAUUCAGGCCCUCCUAGAUGAGAGCUCAGAGUUUGACGUGUAUCUGCCGGAGGUUCCUCGGCUCCGGGAGCGUCUGGAGAUCGCCCGCUGGUUAGCAGCAGUGCGUCAGGCCGAGGAGUUGGGCGGUAGCGCGCGUGGCCUCACCCUGGACGCCAUGCGCCAGCUGAUUGACCGUGCUGUCGGGUUAACUUCCGACCCUGCGAUAGAGCGUGCGAUGGCACGCCUUCAGGAACUGCUUACUGUGUCUGAGCAGUGGGAGGAGAAAGCGCAGGCGCUGCUCAAAACCAGACCUGCAGAAAGUGUCGAAUCUCUGUCUGCCAUUCUGAAAGAGACUGAGACCGUUCCUACGUACCUGCCCAACUGCAUGUUGCUGCGAGACUCCAUUAACAAAGCCACAGAGUGGCUAAAGGAAGCCGAGGCUGCGCAGUUGGGAGGGCGUGUCCCUGUGUUAGACACGCUGUCAGACUUGGUGCUGAGGGCCCGAGCGAUCCCCGUGCAUCUGGAGCCCCUGGAGAGGUUGGAGGCGCUCGUCUCUGAGGUGCAGGCGUGGAAGGAAUCAGCAGCCAAGACCUUUCUCCUGAAAAACUCCUCUCUCACCUUGCUUGAGGUGUUGUGUCCACGGUGCGAGGUGGGAAGCGCUUUCAAAAGGAAGAUGAAGAAGAUAAAGGGGGAUGUGGUGUCAUGUGGGAAAAAGAGAACGGGGAGAAUGGACAAUCUUAAUGAUGUAGAGAAAGCCCUGUCUGAGAGUAAAGACUCGGCUUCUGCUAUGGCGACUCUUGCUGAAGUUCGUUCAAAGGAGCUGGAGUCCUUGGUGUCUCUCCGUGUGGCUAACGGGACUAAACUCCUCCCAUCAGCCGACUGCAGUGCGCUCAAAGUGUGUGUAUGUCAGAAGCCUCCCAUGGGUGCCAUGCGGCAGUGCGAGCUAUGUCGUGAUGCUUUCCACAGCGUGUGCGUACGUGGACAGGGGGACCCUUGCGAGUCCGAUCCGUGGUUGUGUCCCUUGUGUCGGCGUUCGGCGAAACCAGCUUUGGACAGGAUCGUGCCGCUAAUGGCGUCUCUGCAGAGGAUCCGGGUGCGUUUACCGGAGGGAGACGCGCUGCGUUAUUUGAUCGAACGUACGGUGGAGUGGCAGCGGCGAGCGCGCGAGGUCAUGGCCUCGUAUAACCUUCCAAUGGCUGCGCAGGAGCACCUGGGAAGUGUGAAGGGUCAGGACUGGAGCAAGAGCAGUCAGGAACAGUCUGUCUUUUACAUGGAGCAGCGCUGCAUUCCUCUGCAGGGUCUGAGUACAGAACUAGAGGAGCUGAUCGUGGAAGGAUUACUGCUACAAGUGUCCCUGCCUGAGACUCAACAGCUGUACAUGCUGCUGCUAAACGGCCCCCCAGCUCAUUGCAGUCCACAGCACACACACCCAGCAACCGACAGCCCACAACACACACCAUACCACACUCAGGAACCUGCUUCACCAGACAAAGAUAGAGACAUAGUGACCACAGCGGAAAAGAAAGCAAAGCGGCGGAUGGAGAGAGAAGAGAUGGGGCUAAAGCUCGAUGUGAGGGAGAGAGGGAUGCCAAAAAGGAAGAAGCAGCGGAUGCGAAAGGAGAAGAGGAAAGACAGGAAAUCAACGUCAGUGUCGGUGUCACCCACUUACCUGUCUGAUCUGUCCCAGUCCGACGACUCUGAGGAGGACAUGAUCCUCUGCCCAGCCAAGAGCUGCCUUCAGCCUUCAGGAGAUGAGGUGUUCUGGGUGCAGUGUGACUGCUGUAACCAGUGGUUCCACAUGAUCUGUGUAGGCGUUUCUGAAAAGAUAGCAGCUGAGGAAGACUAUAUGUGCGUCACCUGCAGCGCACGUUAACCAACACAGGCCAGCGCCAGAAACCAGACAGCGUGCAGGAGAAGAGCCGAGAUCUAGGAGGAGAUCUACCAGUUCAUCUCCCCUUUUAUCCAUUUUGUACUAUCCUUUUCCUGGUUGUGUAACUGAUUGUUCCCAACACCCUCUGACCUCUGACCUUUGUAACAACGGUGCUAUUUCCUCUUUUUUUGGAUUUUGGUUUUGUUGUUCUGAAUGAUGCUAUUUGGUCAUUUUUUUGUAUUUUUACAACUUUUCUCCUUCUAUUUGAACUGUGUGUGGUUGUCUAAAAAUACAAAUAUGCUAAACGAGAGCGUUACAUAGUAGAGUGUGGGGCAUAAAGCAUGGGUUUCUGAUCCGUUGCGUUUUCGACAAUGAGAGCGAGGUCAUUUUGUUCAAAGCAUGUGAAAAAUACCAGAAGGGUUUCUUGUUUCUCGGGGACUUCUGCAUGCUGAACACAAGAACGCAGAACACACAAAAUUUUGUACCAAAUAUCUACAGUUAAACGAAGAAGAAAUGAAAAUUGUUUUUUGAAAAACCCACUGUUAUGUACACACGCAUCCGGGAUAAUAUGAUUUCUUUGUUAUUUCCGUUUUCAUUUUGUAGGUUAGUUUAUUUAUCGGAGCAAUAAUGUCAGUAAGCAUCUGGGGACUUGGAGUGUGUAUGAACUGUGUGCUGCUGCUUUAGAGGUGAUGGUUCAUUGUACAUGAAGUGUAAAGCAUAGAUGGUACGGUUUGGGUUGGUGAUUAGUGAUGUAGCAGCCAGAGAGACGUGUAUAAAAGAAACUGCCACACAACUUACGUAGGCCAUUUUUGUGGGGUGGGAGGAUAGAGUCGGCAGCCGGGUUUAAGCUUGUUUAAAGUGUCCCAGUUUAUAGUGUGGAAUAAAAACCCUUUUGUCUAA